AUGGCUUUGGCACGGACUUUUAAACUUUACACAGGCGCGUUGAUUCCUGCUAUUGGGGUUGGAGCACCUGCGGUAGUAAAAAAUUCGACAUAUAACCCUCACCAGGUACAGUAUAAGGUGGAAAAGUUUUUAAGAAUUGGAUAUCGUCAUAUCGAUACCGCCAUUAUCUAUACAAAUGAUCAACCGGUGGGACGAGCAAUUGCUGCUUCAAAGGUUAAGCGUGAAGAUAUCUUUUUAACACAAAAGUUAUGGAAUACCCAACACCAGCCAGAUAUGGUAAAAGAAACUUGUGAACUUUCAUUGGAACGUGCUAAAUUGGAUUAUUUUGAUUUAUUUUUGAUGCAUUGGCCAAUAGCAUUCAAGGAUUUAAGAGAAAAAAAGAAUCCGGAAACAGAACAAAAUAAAGAGAACCUCGAUAGCACAUCAUCAAAACCGAAAACUCCA